GGGGCCAAUAACAGGUCUGUCAUUCCACACGUUCUCAACGCCUGGUGAAAUUUAAUCGGAGCGGGGUUUCGAAGCCAGCAUUGUGCGGUGGAAUUCCGUCGCCGGGAAGCGUCGAUCAAGGAGGGCCACCCAGCACCCAACCGCUUACAAUCACCAACACCAUGCCUAAAGGCCACGGCCGACCAAUCGCGACGCUCGCUAACUGCACGACCUGCUGUAGCGAGCCUAGGCUACAAGACCUUGUCGGAACGCGAUCACGCGAAAGUCCAGACCAACAGCUGAACCCAUGGGCUAGCCAAAGUUCCAGCCAUGCAUCGGGGCGGAGCGACGGAUGUGGAAGAAGGUUAUGGAUGGUGACCGCCGUGCUGUGCCCAAUGUCGGUAAUAUAACGACUUUGUCUGCUUUUCGGCCGAGUUGUAGAAUCCCUUCGGUUUUCUUUGCCGCCAUGCUACGAUGAAGCUCAUUGGUCUUGUUUCGCUGGCCGCCGGGGCUUCGGCCACGUUCGGGGGCAACCUCAACUAUCAGUCGCCGUCGCUGCAUCACCCCUCGCUCGGCGUGUCCAUCAGAAAGGUAGUUGCCCGCACAUAUGCAACCUCGCCAUGGACACCGGCGCAGCUCAACUUUACACACGGUGUGGCAUCCGGCGACCCAUACUCCGACAGCAUCAUCUUGUGGACGCGAGCGGCACCAGGCAGCGACAAUGACAAGUCCAACGUUACUGUGAGCGGCUACGCCGAGCUCUUCACCCACGACAACGACGGCUUUGUCAAGGCGAGCAAGGCCACUGUGUGCGUCGACUGGAAAAUCUCGGCUACCAAAGAUUUCGUUAAGGUUGCCAACAACGGGCGGACGUACACCAGCUCCGACGUCGACUUCACGGUCAAGGUCGAGGCCAAGAAACUAAAGGCCUUCACCACCUACUACUACCAGUUUUCCAUCUGCAACUCCAACAACACUUCGCCACUGGGCCGCACCAAGACGCUCCCGGAAAGAAAGAAAAAGGUGUCGGCGCCCAUCAAGCUGGCCGUGUAUUCGUGCAGCAACUACCCAUUCGGCUUCUUCAACGCGUACGGGAACCCGGUCAGAAAAGAUAGUGUCGACUACGUGCUGCAUCUCGGCGAUUACAUCUACGAGUACCAGAACGGGGCGUACGGCUGGGGAGACUCGCUGGGGCGAAUCCCUCUCCCGAACCGAGAGAUUGUCACCCUCUAUGACUACCGGAAGAGAAUCGCCACCUACCGAACCGAUCUCGAUCUCUACGCCAGCCACCAAAACUUCCCCUGGAUUACCGUGUGGGACGACCAUGAGGUCGCUGACAACACGUACAAGGACGGCAUGGCGCACCUGAAUAACUCAGAGGAGUCAUUUGUGCACGAUGGCGGCAUCUCGGUUGACCAGCGCAAGGCGAACGCCGUGCGCGCCUACUUUGAGUGGAUGCCAAUCCGCCAGGUCGAGAUGGACGACAAUCUGCGCAUCUGGCGCAACUUUGAGUUUGGCGACCUGUUCGACCUGAUCAUGCUCGACACGAGGCAGUAUGACCGGAGCAUCACGGAUCUUUACUGGAACACGGAAUACAUCCAGGAAAUCUCCAACGACAACGGGCGCUCUCUCAUGGGACCGCGGCAAGAGUCGUGGUUCUACCGCACGAUGCGCGAGAGCAAGGCGCGCAAGACGCUGUGGCGUGUCGUCGGCAACCAGAUCAUCUUCAGCCGCAUCUCGCAGUCGGCCAGCGGGCUGUUCAACUACGACCAGUGGGACGGGUACCUGGCGAACCGCAACCGCACGUUUGCCAACAUGUACGAGCACAAGAUCGACAACAACAUCAUGCUGGCGGGCGACUCGCACGCGUCGUGGGUGUCGGACCUCGUGUGGCUCGGCGAGCACGGCUACAACGCCACGUCGGGCAACGGGUCCGUCGGCGUCGAGUUCGCCGGGUCGGCCGUCAGCUCGCCGUGCCCCAUCGGGCAGAACGCCACGCUCAACACCACGGCCCUCGCCUCGGGCUUCCUGACGGCGCUCAACCCGGAGCUGCAGUGGCAGGACCUGUUCUACCGCGGCUACUUCGAGCUGACCAUUGGCUACGACGCCGUGCAGGCCGCCUUCUUUGGUCUGCCCGACCUCGCCACCCGUAAUGGUUUCGAGAUCUCGCUCGCGAACUUCACCGUCAGGCCUGGCGAAAACCGCCUGCACCGCUACGGCGACGGCACGACGGUCUCGUCGACGGGCGCUGUCGAGAGGGGGAGUCUGCAGCGCGGCAAGACGCUCGCUUCCAAUUUGACCCACGAUACGGCGACGGGCAAGUAUUUUGUGUUUGGGGGGGCAAAGUGAGAUGUGGUAUUGGAGUUUAGACUAAGCGAGGAAAGGGGAGUGGGAAACCCUUCACGGCUUGUUCGUCUCGUCGCUUCCUUAUUUGUCUUUCAAUUCCGUUGCCCAAAGGCACGGUUCAAUCUUUAAUUCAGGUUUUCUCGCCUCGUAUGUACUGUUGGUAAACGGGAAGGAGCGAGCAGGCGAUGGGCGCAGUUACCUUGGUACCUACUUAGAUGGGCAACUUGCUAAAAAAUCACACUGAUCCCUCGUCUCGUUCGGGAAGUAGGAUUUCCUCGCUCGUUUCUUGUCAUUAGCCCUAACCGAACAAUAACAUCAUCAUCAC